AUGGCGCCGCGGUGGCCGGCGUGGGUGGCUCUGCUGCUGGUGGGCGUGUGCGCGGCGUUGGCGUCCGCCGCCGCGCCGCCGUCGAAGCCGAAGGUGGGGCCGAGCGCCAUGGCGGUGAUCUCGCCCAAGACGGGAGGAGGGAAGCGCAACAGCGAGUUCACCUGCCAGGACACCCGCCGGCGGCGGCGCGGGUGCAUGGCGACGUGCCCCGAUCGGUGCCGCACCAAGUGCCUCGUCCUCUGCCCGACCUGCAAGACCUUCUGCCUCUGCGACUUCUACCCCGGCGUCUCCUGCGGCGACCCGCGCUUCACCGGCGGCGACGGCAACAACUUCUACUUCCACGGCAAGAAGGACCAGGACUUCUGCAUCCUCUCCGACGCCGGCCUCCACGUCAACGCCCACUUCAUCGGCAAGCGCAACGCCGCCAUGUCCCGCGACUUCACCUGGAUCCAGGCCCUCGGCGUCCUCUUCGCCCACCACCGCCUCGGCCUCGCCGCCGUCCACGCCGCCCGCUGGGACGCCGCCGCCGACCACCUCGACCUCACCUUCGACGACGAGCGCGUCGACCUGCCGACGCACGACGGCGCGCGCUGGUCGCCGCCCACGGCUCCGGCGCUCUCCGUCACCCGCACCGCGCAGGCCAACGGCGUCGUCGUCGAGCUGAGGGGGGUCUUCCGCAUCGUCGCCAACGCCGUGCCCAUCACCCGGGAGGAGUCGCGCGUCCACAACUACGGCGUCACCGACGACGACUGCCUCGUCCACCUCGACCUCGGCUUCAAGUUCCAGGCGCUCACCGACGACGUCCAUGGCGUGCUCGGCCAGACCUACCGCUCCGACUACGUCAACAGGCUCAACAUCACCGCCAAUAACAUCCCCGUCAUGGGCGGCGCCGCCAACUUCGUCUCCACCGGAUUAUUCGCCACCGACUGCGCCGUCGCCCGCUUCGGUGCCCAGCCCACGGCCGCCGGCACCGGCGCCGGCAUCUCCAUGGUCACUGACGCCAAGUACGUGUAG